UAUCGUCAUCAUUCACUCCAAGACCAGUCAGUCGUACACAAGUAACGUUCGAGGAUCCAAACACGAAGUAACAUGAUGCCUUCUCACCACCAUAAACCAUCUCUUCAUCUUUCACAUUCUUUCAUUUUCACCCACUCUCCCUCCAACUUCACUAACUAUCAAGGUCACUCUUCCAAUUUCACCUCAUAAUUCUUCUUCAUAUUUCACUCUGUGAUCUCUUUUUAUUGUUUAUGCUAUAAAUGAACUUCAAAACUAAAUGCUUGAUUUUGCUGUAACAGAAACUUGUGUUGAAGGUGGAUGUACAUGAAGACAAAAUCAAGCAAAAAGCUAUGAAGGCUGUCUCUGGAAUUUCAGGUAUUCAAUUAAAUUUCAAAUUCUCUUUAGCUUCUCUGCUUUCAAUGCUCAAACAAACUGAGGGUCAAUUACUAAAAUCGUAUUUGAAAUACUGUUGCAGGUCCAUGAACAUGAAAGACAAGAAAUUAACCUUAACGGGGGACAUUGAUCCAGUACAAGUAUUUGCCAAGCUAAGGAAGUUCUGUCACACUGAAAUAGUUUCUGUUGGAGCAGCAAAAGAGGAAAAGAAGGAAGAACCUAAAAAGGAUGAUAAAAUGAAGGAAGAUGAAAAGAAAGAUUCCACACUAAAGUUCUAUCAAACUUAUGGCUACUAUUAUCAGAUUAAACCACAAUACAAUCCAUAUUACACUGCCAUAAGUGUACAAGAGGAUCCCAAUGCUUGUGUCAUUGUCUAAUUUUGUUGUUACCAUGGACU